UUUCAACUGAAAUAGCUCUGUUCAUCCGGGCACUUCAAACAUAGCAGGUGGAACAAAGAACAACGUGAACAUGGCAAACGUACUCUUGGCAAAUACAAAAAUCUUUGUGGGAGGACUUCCCUUUGAUACAUCAGAAGAUGAUGUCAAAGCAUAUUUUGAGAAAUUUGGAGAAGUCACGAAUGUAAAUAUCAAGAUCAACCAAGAUACAAAUAAGAGCCGAGGUUUUGGUUUUGUUACAUUCGCAACUGCAGAUGAAAUGAAUGCUGCCAUUGAUGCCAAGCCACAUACAUUGGGAGGAAGAAAUAUUAAUAUUGAAAAAGCCAAAGCUCCAGAGCAGAAAAGAAAGGUGUUUUUGGGAGGACUCCCUCCAGAUGCUGCAGAAGAAGAUGUUAAAGCUUUCUUAUCUACAUUUGGAGUUAUUGAGGAACUGAACCUCCCAUUUGACAGAACAAAGAAUGAAAGGAAAAACUUUGGGUUUGUAACCUUUGAGAUGGAAGAAAGUGCAACAAACCUCAUGAAAGAACCAAAAAGGGUGAUCUGUGGAAAAGAGUGCGACAUGAAGAAGGUCCAAACUAAACCCAAAGAAGAUGGAUACGGUGGCGGUUUUGGCGGAGGAAGAGGCGGUGGUUUCGGAGGUGGUCGAGGCGGAGGCUUCGGAGGAGGACGCGGUGGUCGAGGAAUGAGAGGAGGUGGAAUGCGUGGAGGUGGAAUGAGAGGUGGACGUGGACGAGGUGGUGGUGGCUAUGGAGGUGGCGGUUAUGGCGGUGGCUAUGACCAAGGAUAUGGAGGUGGUUAUGACGGUGGCAGUUGGGGAGGUGGCUAUGACCAAUCAAACUGGGGAAGCGGUUAUGAUCAGGGAUAUGGCGGUGGAUACAAUAAUGGAGGUGGUUAUGGCGGUGGUGGAUAUGGAGGAGGAUAUUAGAUAAUAACUAUGAGAUAUCACCACCAAUAAAUACUACCUUUGUACAGUGAGCCAAGUGCUGUCAGAACUUAGAUGUAAUGGUAUAUGUUUUAUGUACAAAUAAAACAGUUGAACUGUCAUGUGAUUGCAUAUGUACAUCUAUAUGCUGCCUUACUACAGAGAAACUGUUCCAGGACGUUGUUCUUUCUUCGGUCUACUACUCAUCUUAUGUUUACUUUGUAGUUGUAUAUAGUGUCAUCAUGUACAUAUUGUAUCUAAUACAACAGUGUUUUUGUGAAGUCAUAAUGAGGUUAAUUAGGUUAAAUAUCAGAUCACCAAAUUUUUACAUCCAUGAUUUUAGUUAAGUUAUAUUUAGAUUUUAGGCCAUCUGUUCUUAGGCUAAUUGAUAAUUGUUCAGGGACCAUUCACAUAUUCAACGCUUCAAGUUUUUUUGUUUCUGAGUACUUAAUUGUCCUGCCAAUAUCAUUCCAUUUUCAGCUUUAUUGAACGAAAGAUUUCUCUGAGAAGACUAUUCUACUAAGUCAAAUCAUAAUGUAUGUCUCAUCUGUUGAAAAUCAUGUAAUAAAUUUUUAAAAGAUAUGUAAUAAAGAAAUGAAACUAUAA